AUGAGGCGCAAAGCACUAACGCGAGCCAAACAGAUCAAACGCACCGUUAAGCUCGUCACCAACCAAUCCAUCCUCCCAAAUGAAACGCCCGAAGGCGAAGAAAUCCCCAUGCGCGGCUGGGACAUCUCCAUCUACCUCGUCGGCCCCGACGGCGAAGAGCUGCCGGCCAACUGCUUCGAAAAGGUCGUCUACGUGCUGCACGAGUCGUUCGGCAAGCGCGCCAAGCAGACGAUCAAGACCCCGCCGUUCAUGAUUAAGGAGAAGGGGUGGGGCGAGUUCGACAUGCUCAUUACUCUGACGCCGAUCGGCGCGCCCAAAGGCGGGGACCAGACGCUGCAGCAUGAUUUGAAUUUCGCGCAGGAGCGGUAUGAGAGUACGCAUAGUGUGGUCUUCCGCAAUCCUAAGCCCGAACUCCUCAAAAUCCUCCAAGAGUCCGGACCGGCUGGCGACGCGAACGGCGCAACAACCACAGGCACGAGCAAAGCGCCCAAACGCAAACCCGCGAGUCGAAAUGUCGACAUGGACAAACUGGCCGAGGCGCUACCGCAGCUGUCAGAAGACGACUUGCUGCAAGUCGUGCAGAUGGUGCACGACAACAAGACGGAGGAGACGUACACCAAGAACGAUCUGGAGAACGGCGAAUUCCACGUCGACCUCUACACCCUCCCCGACAACCUCAUCAAAAUGCUGUGGGACUUCACCUCCAGCCGCGUCGACAUGAGCGUGCUCUCGUAG